AGAAAAGAGGGAGAUUUCAUUGUCGUUCCUUCUUCCCAAAAUCGCAGACUCCUGAGGGAGAUGCCAUGGAGAAGAAGAGGAAGAAGAGAGCCGACGAUGGCGAGGAGCCCGCCGCCGCCGUCGUCUCUCCGUACUUUCAGAAGAAGCGGACGGCACAGAAGAAGAGAGCAAGCGGUCAAGCGACGGACGCUGAUCUCGAACAGGGAGGCCCUCCCGUCAGCGAGAAGAUCCUGGAGAUGAUCUCGCGGUUCACUUACACGGGUGGCCCGGUGACGAAGAGGAAGGAGGUCGUGCCGAUUGCGCGCCCCGACGGCGGGCCCAGACUCUCUCCUUAUUUCCAGCAGAAGAAGAGCAACAGCGAAGGCAGCGGCGGCGCUGUUGGCGGUGCCGGUGGUGGUAGCGUUGGAGGGGGAAAUCCAGAUGACGGGAAACCACAGUCGUGGGCCAAGGCGAGGCCGAGUGCGAGAGCGAAGGCAGGCAACGUUGUGAAGGUUUCUCCCUACUUCCAAAAGGCCAGUGAGGAGUCGCCGCAGCCGCAGAGCGACGGGAGAGCGAGAGCGCGAGGGAAGGAGCAGGCGGUUAAGAUUAUUAAGGUUUCGCCGUACUUCCAGAAGGCCGAAGAUGGGGCGCCGCAGCUGCAGCCGCAGCCGCAGCCGCAGAGCGACGGGAGAGCGAGAGCGCGAGGGAAGAAGAAGGCAGUUAAGAUUAUUAAGGUUUCGGCGUACUUCCAGAAGGCCCAAGAUGGGGCGCCACAGCCGCAGCCGCAGCCGCAGCCGCAGCGCAAGGCGAGAGCAAGGAAGGUUAGGGUUUCGAAGAAGAAGGCCGAUGAGGAAGGGGAAGGCACGGAAGCGAAGCCGAGAGCGAAGAGGAAGGGGCGGGAGUAUGACAGGAGGAGGGUGUUGACUGCGGCGGAGAAGAGAGCGGAGGCGUACAGGAGGAAGAGCCCCGAUAACACGUGGAAGCCACCGCGCUCUGUCCACCGUCUCCUGCAAGAGAGCCACUGGCAUGAUCCUUGGCGUGUUCUCGUCAUCUGUAUGCUUCUCAAUGUCACCACUGGCAAACAGACGAGUCAGUACUUAGAUGCCCUGUUCAAGGAAUAUCCCGAUGCCACAAAGGCUGCAGAGGCUUCUGUAGAAACUCUAGAGUCUAUUAUUCAGUACCUUGGUUUAAAGAGGAAGAGGGCUAGAAUGAUAAUGCAAAUGUCACGUGAAUACCUCGAUGAGAGCUGGACUCAUGUGACUCAGCUACAUGGUGUUGGCAAGUAUGCAGCCGAUGCUUAUGCAAUAUUCUGUACAGGAAAGUGGAAAGAAGUGAAUCCUCUGGAUCAUAAACUUCAGGAUUACUGGGAAUAUUUAUGGUGGCUCGAGGAUAGAAGACUAUUGCAAUAGGCGCUCAAAGUGUCCGAUGAGCACUUCUUUUUGGUUUCGUAGAAUUACUGGUUUCGCAAUAGUACAUAAACCUGAAAACCGGUUGUUAGUUUUUGGCUUGAACAUGCUGUCCGAGCAAUUAAUUAUUUUGUGGGCACUGUAUAUGGUGAUAUGCUCCUCGUUGACCCUCUCUGGUCCAUGUCCCUCUUGGGGGUUCUUGUUUAUGUAGUAGAGUUGCCAGAGAAAAGCUUUCAUUUUGGUUAAAUUGUCUGAUCAAACAGUGAGUUAUGUUCUGAAGUUUGUUAUAUGAAUUCUAAUGUAAACAUUUCAGUUUUGUC